UUAUUAAGUACCUGUUUUGCUCUUGGUUUCAACUUAGCUUCUUUUAUUACCAAGAAGGACAAUACUCGCUUCUGCUCAGCUCAUUCGCGUAUAAAAAUCGGGACGAUGCAGGCCCGAAUCGUAUACCAGUACGCCCUUGCAGAGAUAAUUAUUUCACCCUUUCCAGUGGCACUACGCCGUUCACGAUGAAACUUGCACAUUCCUUUACAUAUAUCCUCGCGCUAUUGUCGCUGGUCGCUGGCUCACCGAUCCAGCAGCUGAACACCCAUGCUUCACGCCUGCCACUUGAGCGUAGGAACAAUCAAGUCAGUGUUGAGAGUCUCCAAGCACACCUUAAACAAGUCGCCGCGAAGUACCGUCGGGGAUUUGCGGCGUACGAGGCCAAUAAGGGACAUGCCCACCCGUUGAGCAUACCAUCUAGCUCAAAAACGAUGAAGCGAGGUGCUGGUAAUGUUCCUUUGAUGUCUCAAGAUGUCGAUUUGUGGUAUGCCUCGAUCGAUGUUGGCACGCCUGCGAAGACUUUCACAGUGUCCAUUGACACGGGCAGCGCGGAUCUCUUCCUUCCUUCUGUCAAUUGUGGUGAUAGCUGCGACGGUCACAAUAGAUAUGAUCCAUCCAAAUCCUCAACAGCUGUCGACCUUCACAAGCCAUUCUACCUUAGCUUUGGUGAAGGCGAAGUUGCGGGGGAACAAUUUGCUGACAACGUGGUAAUCGGAGGGUAUGAGGCUAAGGGACAGACCCUCGGGGCUGCACUAGCAUAUUCUCCAGACUUCUCAAGUGGUAAUUUCACACCUGACGGGCUUGCCGGCUUUGCAUUCGGGUCUAUAUCUGACUACCCAGCACCUCCGCUCUUUCAAACUCUCGUGGACAGUAGACAGUUGCAGGAAGAUGUGUUUGGUGUCAAACUUUCCGCCGCCCCCGGUGCAAGUGAACUAUAUAUCGGAGGAACCAACACAGCGCUAUAUCAGCAAGACACUCUAACGUAUACACCUGUAAUUAAACCAGGCUACUGGGAAGUCAAACUCGAUCAGAUAUCUCGAGCUGGCGUCCCUGUGGGGAAACCGGAGGCAUCAUCCAUCAUCGACACGGGAACAACUUUAAUCGUAGCGAAUAUGAAUGAUACCGCAUCCUAUUUUUCUGGCAUUGCUAACGUUACGUCGACGGUUGACGAAUCUCAGGUGAUUUAUUCAAUGCCAUGCGAUAUCAUUGAAAAAUAUGCGCCGACUCUCACCUUCGGAGGACAUCCGUUCACCGUGUCUGGGGACACAUUCAAUCUCGGGCCUGUCGAAGCGGGAUCCAGUGACUGUGUGGCUGGCAUCGCAGGCUCGGACGACGUUGACUUCUGGGUCGUGGGCGACGUGUUCUUGCAGAACGUGUACUCGAUCUUUGACAUGUGUAAAUUGCGAGUUGGGUUUGCGGAGCUGGCAUAAGCUCAUCAGAGCAUCUGAUGAGAGUUGUGGGAGAAGUUUUGAAUUAGAUAUUUGGCUAAUUCCAUGAGUAUUACAUGCGGACCUUCGACAGUACGGUGCAUACGUAUACUCUGAAUUGAUAUCAUUCGCGC